GUGCUGUGUGUUCUAGUGGAUAUUUUUCUUGUGUUUGUGAAUUUGGUGUCUUGAGAAAACAACUUGGUGGUAUGUCUAUAUAGGAGAGAGCCAACAGCUGGCCCUUGACUGGAGGCGGCGCAGGAUCUUUCGAUAUCUCAUGCGGUCAAAAUGAGCCUCGACUGAAAUCGGACGGCAACUGCACUCUUCUUGUGUGGGAGAGAGGAAUUUGGUUGCCAGCCUGCGUCUGUAGUUUCCUAUGUAGUUGCCAAAUAGGUUCCGUCUGAAUUACCAUUGGGUGACUCGGGACAUUACGGGGAGGAAGGCGAGGACUGGCGGAGAUGGCAGUUCAAACUGCCGAGACGUGCUUCCAGUGGUCGCGGAUGUCGCGCGCCAACUCCCUGACGCCCUCCCCCGCCGCCUUCCCUGCCGCGGGCCCGUCCCUCGGUUGCAGAAAGCGGCAGGGUUCGGCUGUCCAUGUCCGCGAUCGCGUCCUCGCCUCGCCCUUCCUCGGGGCCGUCUCUGCCAAGCUGUUGAGGGUCCGUUUGCUGGACAUUCGCAGGAGGCGAGGUGAGAAGCGAGCGUUGCGCCGAGCCUUCAGCAGCAGCCUCCAGCGCUUCGAGGCAGAAGGUGACGACUACCAGGAGGAGAACGAUGAGCUGUUCAUUCAGAAGCCCCAAGAGUUCGCUAUUGAACUCCAACAGCAACGAGGUGGUGGCUAUGAAGAGGGUAUCGAGGAAGCUGCUUUCGUCUCGCCUGCGUCGUCCUCCGAUUCGAGCCCUAGUUCUUUUUCUCUGAGCGUGUCGACGAAGCACGAGCCGUUGCGGCUCCCCGUCUGGCCGGAACCGCCGGACUGGCUCGACCAGAUCGUACCGGCGAUCGUGGAGAAGAACGCGAACAGCGUGGAGCUGCCGCUGUCUCUGCGGAUCAUAAAGCGGAAGAAGCGGUGGGAGGAUGGUUGGUUCCGGGAGGCGAGUGAGUCGGCCUUCUGCUCCGUGAACCGGGCUUUCUCCUCCAUGGUGUUCAUGAUCCGCGAGCUCCAGAGCUACACGCUCCAGAUGCGGGAGUUUAUCUCCAGCGAUGACCUCCAGGGGAUCCUCGCGCGGGUCCAGCGAGAGAUGAACUCUUCCUUCGUCUGGCUCUUCCAGCAGAUCUUCUCCUGCACUCCGACCCUGAUGGUCUCGGUCAUGCUCCUCCUUGCCAACUUCACCGUCUACUCCAUGGGCCACCUCGACGCCUCCGCCAUGGCUGCGCCCAAUCCACCGGCACAGUCACUAGUCGAGACGACAGUCGUGGUGGAAGAUCGUCGUCACCUGAACCAUCACGAUCGCUCCUCCAUCAAGACGUUCUCUUCGAUCGGGAGGACCGCUUCCAUCGGAGGGAGCGGCCCUGGCGGCGGUGGGAAGGCGAAGCCGGUCUCGGGGGCCACGGGCGAUGGGCGGUCGGAUGACGAGCGCUUCUCGUAUCGGACGAGUUUCGCCGACGGCACUUCAACGGCUCCAAGGGUGGUGGACAUCGAGGAGAGUGGAGAAGGAAGAAGGGGAGAUGGCGCGUUGGUGGCGGCGCCGAGGGCGGAAGAGGAGGUGAGGGUUUGGAGAGGAAUACUGGAGGAGGUGUCGAGGUUACAAGCGAGCACGAGGGACGAGGCGCUCAUGGACCAGGAGACGCUGUGGCGGCUCGUGUCGCCCGUCACGGCCGAGCCGGAGCCCGACGACUACUCGGAAUACUUGCGGACCGAGAUUAUGUACCAGCAGACCCUGUCGCAGGACCCGGAGAACGCUCUUCUGGUUGCCAACUUUGCUCAGUUCCUCUACCUUGUGCUCCACGAUCACGACAGGGCGGAAUACUACUUCAAGAGAGCGGCGGGGUUGGAGCCGGCCGACGCCGAGGCAUUGAGUCAGUACGCGAGCUUCCUGUGGCUGGCGAGGAAGGACAUGGCGGCCGCGGAGGAAACCUACUUGCAAGCCAUCGCUGCGGAUCCCAGCAACCCGUUCCACACCGCCAACUACGCCCAUUUCCUGUGGAGCACGGGCGCUGAGGACACCUGCUAUCCUUUGGACACCGACGACGCAUGGCAACAGUGACAUCAACCCAUACCAAGAAACAAACGACGCACUGCUGUCUCGACGUGUAGUGUCUGUGUAUAUAUAUACAUACAGUUUGGCGCAUUGCAUUAAAUAAGCUGAUGAUAUAUAUGUUCGAUAGAUCGAUCAAAUUUUCAUCUCGAUGUAUAGCGAGUGUGUAUAUGUACAUAUAUUUUGGCGCAUUGCAUUAAAUAAGAUGACGAUUUAAU